AAUCCACGCGUGCGACCAAGGCAAAGCCGUUGCACUCGAUAGCCGACGCCAAUGCGUACUUUCACGGCGUCUUCUUUUUAUUCUAGCGGCUGCGACUGUCUUCCCUCGAGGGUGACUCGACUCUAGCUAAAGUCUUAAUUGAUCCGUUGCUCAUCUUUGCCCGUCCUCGCGUCCAUUCCAGCAGUGAUUCCAUAUCCCAGCGCAUUCCCCUCUUGCCUCUUGCCCGUCCCCACUGUUUCUGUACAGCAGCUCGACCUCACGCCCUCGUGACGUCCGACCGACCGGCGCAGCCUCACCACCGACCAGACCAACCCGCGAACCUCGCCCUACACCAAAGACACACUCACACACACACACCACAGAACCCGUCAAAAUGGUCGCCGACGCCGCAAUCUACCACCCCAGCGUGGCCCACUACCUGCGCUUCGUCGCCACCACCGUCGGCCGCGACAAGGUCCUGCGCACCCUGCAGUACUUUGCCCGCUUCUACGCCUGGUACCUGUUCCGCACCAACGGGUCCCCCGCCGAGGUCGCCCCCUGGGACGCCGUCAAGAAGCAGUUCGGCCUGACCCGCAAGCUGAUGCGCGUCGGCAAGAACGUCGAGCACCUGCGCGCCGCCGCCGUCGCCGCCGACGCCAAGGCCGGCUCCGUCGACCCCGUCCUGCGCUACACCUCCGUCGCCCGCCAGCUGGGCUACGCCGGCUACCUGUCCCUCGACAUGGCCACCGUCCUCGACGCCGCCGGUAUCCGCAAGUCCGAGUCCGCCAAGAAGUUCCAGCGGGAGGCGUACCGCUUCUGGGCCAUGGGGCUUAUCAGCUCCCUCAUCGCGCAGGCUUACACGCUGUAUCAGCUCAAGCAGCGCGAGGCCAAGGUCGACAAGAAGGAGGGCGAGGGUGUUGUUGAGAGCAAGCGGAUAGCGCUUGAGCGGUCCGCCAGCCAGCUGCAGCUCAUCUCUGACUUGUGCGAUCUGACCAUCCCCUCCUCGGCUCUCGGCUGGGUCAACCUCGACGAUGGCAUUGUCGGUAUUGCCGGUACCGUCAGCAGUUUGAUCGGGCUGGUGGCGCAAUGGAAGAAGACGGCCUGAGCGUCGUGAACCAGGCGGGAUGAGUCGGACAGUAUGACGGGAACGGCGUUGAAUUUAAUGCGAGACGAUGGCGACCCGGAGUCAUCGAAUCAUGAGAGCUCUUCCUCGCUUUUGGGUAGUUAGUUGGCCUGGUGGCGGUGGGCGGUUUUUCCCAUGGCGGCUGAUACCAAUGAGAUCCUUUGGCGUUUUAUAUGUAUACGAGACCACUUGUACUGAGAUUGUCAUGAGGUUGAUAUAUGAUCAAGGCUACGCAGAGGGUGGGCCACUGGUGCCCGCCGAUAUCAUCGACUGGAUCAACAAGGUACCUAAGUGUAUUCAAACAUAUUUAAAUGUAUUCACUAUGCCAGAAA